CAGCGGAAAUUAGAUAAUAAUGAAUGCGACUAUCAUCAAUAACAGAGCAACCAAAAGAGACGCUGGCAAAACAAAAAGUGUGCAGUCGAAAUAGAAAUAGCAAAAGAAGUCAGGAGAAUAGCAAAAUAUAUUAUGUGGUCAGUGAAAAAUUUGUGCGCAAAAUUGAAAAUUAAAUGCAGCUAAUUAAAUCGAAUAAUCAGAGCAAAAUUCGGUGCAAACAAUAUUCUUAGCAAUACCCAUAACAACAGCAGUGCAAAUAGCCGUAAUAACGGUCGCAGCAUAUUCAGCGGACGUGGGCAUUGUGUGUUGUGGACAAUGAGCGGCAGCGGUGGCGGAGGCGGCGGCGGCAACGGACGUCUAGCGGCAGCGCAGUCGUUGCAAAAUGAGCACGCCGAAGCGCUACUGGUGCAACUUAAUGAGUUCCGUAAAAAUGAGCAGUAUACGGACGUUUGCUUGAUUUGUGAUGAUCUGCGCAUUAAGGCCCAUCGCAAUAUACUCGCCGCUGCGAGUCCCUACUUUCAGGCUAUGUUUGGCGGCAACUUUCCAGAGAGCUCACAGAGCGAAGUUCACAUAUACGACAUGGAGCCGCGUUGUCUAGAGUUGGCGGUGGACUUCAUCUACACGGGGCACUUAGAUAAUUAUGUUGACUGUGUGCAACAGUUGCUAGAGACUGCGGCCUUUCUGCAGUUGGAGCAUUUGAUGGAUUUGUGUACGGAGUAUAUGUGCGCGCAGCUGGACGCUGAUAAUUGUCUGGGUUUUAAGCAUUUUGCAGAGAAACAAAAUAAUUUCACGCUACUGGAUUCGGCUUGCCAAUAUAUCAUUACACAUUUCAAAGAAGUAGUGCAGAGUGAGGAGUUCUUGGAUAUGACUUUCUUAGAGCUCAGCAAUAUAUUGGCCAACGAUGCUCUUUACGUUCAUUCCGACGACGCGGUGCUCUGUGGCUUGACACGUUGGGCUGAACAUCGGCCCACGGAGCGCACUGCUAUUUUGGCACCACUGCUGCGCUACAUACAUCCAGCUUGCGUAACGGCUGAUGUGGCACGCUCUCUGCCCAUUCUCAAGCAGAGCGCGGAUAGUCAGAGUUGGCUGCACGACGUGUUGCACAGUGCCGACAGCAUGGAAUGGCAUAUCUUUGUGCUGGACAAAAUGGGCCGCAAACCGGAUCUGCAACGCUUUAAUAUGGCAUUCGACGAGGCGAUGCAGCUGCAGCCAUUGCCACGUCCAGCUUUCGCCGUCAGUUUGACGGCGCACAAGAAUAUUUUAUACGCUCAAGGUGGCAGUGUGGGCCGCAGCACACGCGAGAGUUUUUACUACAACAUCUAUCGCGAUCAGUGGCAUGAGCUGCAUCCGUUGCUGAUGGAGCGUUCGCAUCACCGGUCGGUCAUAUUGAAUGGCUGUUUAUAUGCACUUGGCGGCAAUACUUUGCAAGGUGCCACCUGUUCAGUGGAGUGUUUGAAUUUGGUUACAAAUAAAGCGACCUUUCGGGAGAAUAUGCUGGCGAAGCGAAACGCAAUGGGCGCGGUAGUGUGUGAUAAUACACUCUACGUGAUGGGUGGUGAGACCGAUCAUCGUUCUCUUUACUCCGUAGAGCGCUAUGAUCCACGCGUGGGUCAGUGGCAGGAGAUGCCUGCCAUGCGUGAGGUCAACAGUUAUUGCUCGAGUGCGGCCAUCGGUUCGCACAUCUAUUGCUGUGAGGGUCUUGGCAGCUGUAUGGAACGCUUUGACUUGCGCGCCAACCGCUGGGAUGUGAUCAACUUCUGGGAGGAGCGCGAGUUUUAUGAAAUAUUUGUCGUGAACAAUAAGCUGUAUAGUGUUUCCGGUGAGGCCAUAGCACGCUACGACGAUAUGGAGAACAAAUGGCUGUGCGAGUUUAAAUUCGAUUUAUCACGGGAAUGGGACACAGCUAUAGGCUUGCAGAUGGGUAACUAUCUGCGGCUUUAAAGUUGCUGGUUGAGGUUAGGGGAGACUGAAUCUCCUUCAACAUCGGAGUAUUAUUUGAGUUUGUGGACGGCAUUUCCAAAGAGAUAUGAAGAUAAUAUUGGAUAUUGGUUUUGUUUAUCACAUUGGAAAAGGAUGAAAUGAUUUUGAAGUCUUUGCAAAAUCGAAUUAGUAUUAAAUUCCUAGUCUUCAUAAAAUCAUGAAUUUAAUAAUACAUAAUAUGAUAUACAUACGAGUACAUAGGUAUUUGACUAAAAUUCCAACAGAUCUUCUUCUAGGAAGCAGUCCAUAUCAUCCUCUUUGGAGCUUUUGAAGUUAUGCCGCCUAUUAUGGCUAUUUAGUUCGUUUACUCAGUUAUGUAUAUUCACAUGCAUAUAUGUAUAUAAUAUAUACUAAUAUAUUAUUUAGACGAAAGCCCAUCUAACAAAAAAACUAUUGUCUUCUUAGUCGACAUUGAAGUUUUGGCAAUUAAAGGAAAACAGCCUUUGUUAACAUUUUUCGUGCUUAUACUCUUCAAAAGCUCUGAUAUACAUAAAUUUUUAUAUUUUCUUAUUUAUGAUUUUAUGUGCGUACAUUCAUCAUAUAUAAUUAGAGAGCUUGUAAAGCAAACAAAAA